AUGCUGGGGAGAUUGAUACAAGGCUAUGGUCGCAGUGGCCAGCUAGAGAGUGCGACCGACGAGUCGCACACGCGCGCCCUUCUCUGGCCAGAGAUUCACUCCGAUGCGCGUCCUCAAUCUGUUUCGCCGCCGACCACUCCUCUUGGAUCUCCCAGCUUCCGCGUAUCCCCCUUCGAUGAUCGGGUCGGCCUGGAAUUGAACGAGACAAGAGACCUGAGGUUGAUCAUUGCUCAGGAUGCGUUCGGCACAAACGAUAGGCCGAUGGUGCUAUUGGACACACACAAUCUCGAGCCUGGUGCUUCAUCUCCUGGACCCGGCCCCCAAAAGAUGGGAGGCCCGUUGUACCCCGGCGAGACAGGAGGUCGCUCGAUACCGGGUGCGCCUGUGCAUAGCCAUGUAAGGAACAGGAGUUCCACGAUCUCGGGCGCAUCUGCAUCAUGGUCCCGCCCGUUCAAAGAACCGGAGUCGACAGACCACCUCAGCAAUAUCCUCGACUGCAUGUUCGGCGUCAGCAGUGCGACGAAGCUGGGGUCGAGCACCAAAAUGCAUUUUCUGCCUGGUGAUCGAAGCUCUCCCACCGAUCUGGGUCCACGCCCUCCCUCGAAUGCUACCAGUCCUGCCAUCGCACGCGUACCACUUCUGAGAGCAAGGACUUCUACACAUGCUGCGAAUGCGCAACGCCAAGCGUCAUCUUCGAAAGAAGCAGACGUGGAGUCGCGUGACGCGAUAUUGAUCACUCGCAUGUUCCCGGUCAGCCUUCAUGACAGCCAGGAUGAUCUGAGGCAACAUCGGGAUUCUUCUGCUGGUGGAAAUGCCGAUCCCGCUUCUCCGGCGUCCCUAGGAAGGGAACAGCAAGAGUCACCGAGCCUGCAGAGCAAGAAACCGAAGCUCGUGGAGAAGAAAACACCAGUCUAUGCAGCGGCCUUGUUAUGCUAUCUACCACGAUCGGGUGACCAACGCCCGGGCACCUCAGCCGCACGGCCAUCAUCUAGGGCCUCAACGAUGGCAUCCUCUACUCCCAACUCAUAUGGUUCAGACUCCUUGUCAUCCUGGACGAUCCUGAAUUCUAUUCCUGACCAUCUCUUAUCGUCGGAUACUUCAGCGCAGUUGACUGACCAAGGCAUUGAGACGAUUGUGAAGAACUGGAAUGUCAUAUUGAGGAGUUUAGCUGUGGUUGAGAGACUAGCUCGUGUCGAGGUCGGUAAACUCUUGCAGGAGGUCAAUCUUGCGAUGAUAUCUUCUGCUGCCAAGGCACCCAAAGGCCCGUCGGAACAACGUACGAAUCAGCGGAACGUCUACAUACGCUCGUCAAACGUACUAGCUCGAAAUGCCACCCUUCAGCAGGUGGCCAAACAUGCCUUGUGGAGGAUCUCGUACGCUCUCCGUAUCCCGCGUGUAGUGACAGGCUUCGGUCUCGACUACGGGGGACCUUGGCUUGAUGAAGCGAGAUACCUCGUUCGUGCAUGUGGGAACAAGCAACACAACUUCUUCCUGUUCAACCUCCUGACUGCCUUUUUGGGCAACCACACCGAAUGGCUCGAACGCCUCGGGCCUGAGUGGUAUCGAAAGCAGUUUCAAGCUUUGAACCAGAGACGCUCCAGACCUUGCAACCUUGCUUCCCGAACAGUGAUAGUUUGUGAUAGCCGCUCGAUGGCACGGCGCCUCAUUUUCCUCCUGGCCUCAUUUCUACCACUCUCGCACAAUGUGGACCCUACCGCAAGACUUGGUAGCGGCUUCCUCUCUCCUUUAUCCACACCCGACAUCAGCACCUCGUCGUUCACUGAUCGGCUUCUUGGUGAAGGCUUGAUCCGCGGUCAUACUCAUGCUCCAUCCCGGGAUGGUCCCGCGGCUGUCUCCCGGAGGAGUGCCGCAGCGCUCUCUACCAGUGCUUCAUCAACCGACAGUGUCGGUGGCAUUGCAGGGCGUUUGGGUAAGAGCUCUCGCUCUGGACUUCCUCGGUCGAAAUAUGAAUCCGGCUCUGUUAGGAACCCUUCCAUAUUGUCACCCUCCGACGAUCCGAGCCAUCUCCACAAAACGAAUCCUGCAUACUCCACCACUGCUUCCAACAGCGGCACACCUGUACCAUUUUUCUCAACCAAGCGGGACAGUUACUUUCCAGAAGGGGUCAUCGCAGAGGGCGAUGCGAGUGGUGCCAGCGCUGAUCUGGCGAGAAUACUCCGAAGAGACAGUACCAGUAACCCUCAAACGGCAACAUCAAGCAUUAGCUGGGGGUCUUUGAUCAGCAAUGUCAGCGGACUCUGGGCCAAGAAGCCCGGCCCACCGCCUGAGACGCACGAAGCUACCAUCAGCAGCUUGAGGGAUCGGCGCAGGCACGCCCCCCAGACGUCCCCCAUACAAGACUUACACUCUAACCAUCUGGAGCGCAUGGUCGAUGAGGCCACUCAUCUACCAACGACGGCGCUCCAAAACGAACGUGACGGUGGCUCGGGUGAGACCUGGAGACCAUCGACGCCUACUGAUGCUCAACCGCCACGUCUUCGGGUCGAUGACAAAGACGGGGUGGUUGAUGUUGACGUCAAUAUUCCAGGAUUUAUAGGCUGGGAAGAAAACAAGGACGCUUCUGUCGCAUCCUCUUUUCGGCGCCACUCACCAUACCAUCCCAGCACAGAUGAUGCCACCUCUUCAUAUAGCUCGAGAUCUAACCGACUCUACAGCAACAAGUCGUUGAGUACCACGAACGUGGCAGGCUAUCUGAGAAGAUAUCAUGAAGAUUUUAUCCUUCAAGGUGUGAAACCGUACUCAGAAUUGCAGGAGGAGAUCAAACAAAGUAUGUCACAGGAAAUUACUCCUGUCGACGACAUUUACGGCCCGUUUCCAGAAAAGGAGGCGAACGGAGAGCUUUGGGUGAACGUCUGCACAACGCUUCUUGCUGACUUGCGAACAUUCACAAUCCAACGCUUAACUUUGAAGCGGAAGGUUCCUAGCGUCCAAUCCACCGAAACGCACCACAGCGUCAACCCUGUCCCUCGGCCAGUCGAAGUCCCGAAUGACUUGGGACCUUCUCGCCAGCGAAAACCACCAGGUCUGGCGAAGGAAGACUCCGAGCGUUUCCUGGUCGAGACAGUAAUGGACUUUGACACCACUCUCACAGAUGCGAUCGAACGCGUUCUCAGUGAGGCCGAAACCCCCGGGAAGGCCGUUGCGAGUCCGCGUCAGGCCCACUCCCGGACAGUAUCGGUGGGGACGACUUCCUCCGUCAAAUCCGCGCCGCUUGAGAUUGUGACCUCAGGAAAAGGUAGACAUUGGCCCCCUCUUUCCACCUUGUCUCAGUCAGACUGCCGGCAAGCGGUCGUCGGAGCCCUGGAGGAAGUUGUCAAGAGCGUCAACGAUGAUUUGGCCAAGCAUCAACGCGCCCAAGACGUGGAUGGUCACGUCAAGAUCGAUGACCAGACGGCCAGUCAGGAGAUGAAGCAGGACAACGUCCUGCGUGAAGGGGUCAAGAGAUGGCUCCUCAAUGUCGAAACGCGAAGCGUUUGGUAG